GCUUUUUGGAUUCUGAUUUUGAUUGGUCGUAUCCCUCACAAGGCAUUUUUUAGUCUUGGAAGAUGGCAAGUGGGUUUGAAAAAUCAACAAACAAGCCGCCCCAAAGCCCUUCUUGCUCAGGCAGUGGUAGCAACGAUGCUGGUAACUUUGAGUGCAAUAUCUGUUUGGAAUUGGCGCAGGAUCCAAUUGUUACUUUGUGCGGUCACCUCUUCUGUUGGCCUUGCCUCUACAAGUGGCUCCACAUUCACUCGCAGUCUCAGGAGUGCCCAGUUUGUAAGGCUCUAAUACAGCAGGAGAAAUUGGUUCCUCUUUAUGGCAGGGGAAAGACACCUAGUGAUCCGAGAUCUAAAUCAAUUCCUGGAGUUAAUAUUCCCAAUCGUCCAGCAGGGCAGAGGCCAGAAACUGCUCCCCCACCAGAUAAUAACCAUUUCCCACAGCAUGGGAUGGGCUUCAUGGGGUUCCCCCCAAUGGCGACUGCAAGAUUUGGGAACUUCACACUCAAUGCAGGGUUUGGUGGUCUGAUUCCAUCCCUGUUUAAUCUUCAGGUGCAUGGUUUCCCUGAUGCCACAGUGUAUGGAUCUGCUGCCGGUUUUCCUUAUGGAUUUUCUAAUUCAUUUCAUGGGCCUCAUGGGCAUGGGUUCACUCGACCUACAAGUCAAGGACAACAGGCUGAUUCCUAUUUGAAGAUGCUAUUUCUUAUGGUUGGUUUCUUUGUGAUCCUUGCUCUAGUUUGGUCAUAAAUGAAUGUGCGUGCCAGAAUUCGAAUUGCUGAUGGACAUCCAGGAUUUUAUUGUCACAUCUUUGUACAUUCAUAAGCUUGAUUUAGGUUUAUUGUUCAGGAAAUUGUCAAUAUGAUACUUUGCUGCCGCUCUUGUAGCAUGUGUUACUUCUGCCAUCAGCAUGCUUAAUACGACUUACAUGUUCUUUUAAA